AUUUUUUCGAACCCCGUCGAAGACCCUGCUUACUGCUUCUUCGUCUAGGGUUACGCGGUUGUCCUUUCCUGUGACUCACAAGCGGAGUGAAGUAUUUCCGAAACCAUCGAAGAACAUAACUCAUCCCCUUGCCGGGAACGGUUCCGUCGAUCCACGUCGAUAACCCUCUCGAAAAACCAUUAUUGAUGGCCAGUGAUGCAUGCUCCUCAAACACGAGACGAGGCAGAGGCGAAGCCGGCGGACAACAGGAACUGAUAGCUGGAUAUGCAAGUUCAAGUUCACUGCAACCUAUGAUUGUAACAGAUGGUGUUGCCCCAAAAUGCUUCUGCGGAAAAUAUGCUAUCUGUUACUUGUCAAAGACAGACAGCAACCCGAAUAGGCUGAUUUUUGGAUGCCCAUUGUUAAAGGUGACAGAAUCACACUGCAAAUUCUUUCUCUGGGUUGAUGACCACAUUGUAAGGGUCAGAGCGAGGGAGGCUACAAGGGGAUCGGGUGAUGGGAAGCAGAAUCAUGUUGAAGAACAUUUGGGAAUGGAUAACCUGAUGGCACAUGUCGAGGAAAGAAUAGUAAACCUAGAGAAGCUGCUGAACAAGAAAAGUAUACAAGCAGAGUUGAGGAAGAAGACUAGAGAAGCAGCUGCAAGAGAGAUGGAGGCUUCAUCAACAAAGUCUAACCAUUAG